CCAUGGAGAACUCCAUGGAGUUCAUAAACGUAGGUCUGCUUGUGUCAUGUUUCAUGUUUAAUCGCUGUCAAACAAGAACCUUGCGCAAACACUCAGACAGCUAGAUUACAAACAUACAAAGAAAGACAUUUUGGAGUCCCUGGAGGAAUUUCCUCACCUUGGAGUUCGGGAGGGAUCGUCUGUUUUAACUGUUGGAAAGAAAAAACAGGUAAAAACAGAAGAGACCAUGUCAAUUGAUUCCUGGCCAAAAGAUAAGGACACAAGGCAGGGAUAGUGAAAGAGUGACCAGGAUGUGUAAAUAGUGAUAAAACCGGAACAGAUUUGCAGCAAACUGGUUUGACAAAGGACUAAAAGCCACCAGAGUGAGAGCUACCUCAGGAGGAACCAUCGUACCGUGCCUUUUCUUAUACAUUUUACAAUCACAUUUUAGAUUUAGGAUUUUCCUCUAACUAAAACUGCAGUCAUGCCGGGUGAAGAAAAGUUGUCGUACCAUGAAGCCAUUGAGAGGGCGAGCAGCUCCAUGUAUCGCUUCCCUGUGCUCCCAGUCAGAGGAAUUCCUCUCACGAACCACAUCGCCAACAACUGGGACGCUAUCUGGGCUUUCCGUCCUGACCCCUCAGACAUCCUCAUCGCCACCUAUCCCAAAGCAGGGACCACAUGGACCCAGGAGAUCAUUGACCUGCUUCGUCACAACGGAGAUGCUGAUGCCUGUAAACGAGCCCCAACACCGGCCCGCAGCCCUUUCCUUGAGAUUUUCUCCCCACCACCGAUCCCCUCAGGUAUUGAUCUUAUGAAGGACAUGGAUCCUCCAAGAAUCAUCAAGACACAUCUUCCUCUUCAGUUGGUGCCUCCUGCAUUUUGGGAAAACAAGUGCAAGACAAUCUACGUGGCACGCAAUGCCAAAGACAACAUGGUGAGCUACUACCACUUUGAUUGUAUGAAUAAGACCCAGCCUGAGCCAGGACCCUGGGAGGGAUACAUACCCAAGUUCAUGAGAGGAGAGCUGUCGUGGGGCUCGUGGUAUGACCAUGUGAAAGGUUACUGGAUGGAGAGAGAGAAGAGGAACAUCCUUUACCUCUUCUACGAGGACAUGAAAGAGAAUCCCCGGCGUGAGGUGGAGCGCAUCAUGAAGUACCUGGACUUGUCGCUCUCGGAUGAGGUCAUCAGCCGGAUUGUGGAGCUCACUUCUUUUGAGAUAAUGAAGGAGAACCCCAUGGCCAACUACUCCUGCAUCCCAGAGCUUGUUUUUGAUAAAUCCAUCUCCCCCUUCAUGAGAAAAGGUCAAGUAGGGGACUGGAGAAACCAUUUCACACCCGAGCAAUCAAAGAUGUUUGACGAAGAUUAUGAAAAGAAGAUGAAGGACGUGAAUAUGCCGUUUAGAACCCUCAUCUAAAGGAUGCUGGGUUUUAAAACCAAUAAGUAAAAGUAAAUAUGUUUCAGCUCAUGUCUUAAUUGCUAAUGUUUAGAUUCAGAGGAAAGCCAUUCAAACCUACGUUUAAAGAAUCAAUAAAAAUGUGCUCCACGAUACAAGGA